AUGGCCCCGUCGCCCCUAGCCAUGGCCCCUCGCGACCUGCCGCCCCUAACCGCGGCCCCGGUGCCCUGUUGCGCCAUGGUGGGUGAGGGGGUGGCAAGGGGGGGUUCCUCCUGCCCGCGUGCCCUUCAGUCGCACGCGCAGCUCCGCCCCCGCCCCCCUCCCCCCCCUCCCCCCCCCUCCAUGGGGAUGGCGGGGAGAGGGGGAGGAAACUUGGAGGUUCAGGGGGAGGCAGGAGGGGAUCUGCAGCACCAGCAGUGGGGGGGAGGGGAUUUGCCAUCCCCCUGCUGCGGAUGCGGCGGGGGAGGGGACCUGCAGUACCAGCCCCCCCCCCCCCCCCCCCCACCCCCCUCUCCGCCCUUUUCUCCUCUCCCUCCCCCUGCUGCGGGUGCCGCAGUGGGGGGGGAAGGGAUCUGCCAUCCCCCUGCUGCGGAUGCAGCAGUGGGGGGAGGGGACCUGCAGCACGAGCCCCCCCCCCCCACCCCCCCCCCCCCCCCCUCCCCCCUUCUCCUCCACCCUUGCUGCGGGUGCAGCAGUGGGGGGAGGGGAUCUGCAUCAGCAGUGGGGGGAGGGGAUUUGCAGCAUCAGCCCCCCCCCCCCCCCCCCCCCCCCCUUUUUUCUCCUCCACCCCUGCUGCGGGUGCAGCAGUGGGGGGAGGGGAUCUGCAGCAGCAGUGGGGGGAGGGGAGUUGCAGCAUCAGCCCCCCCCCCCCUUUUCUCCUCCACCCCUGCUGCGGGUGCAGCGGUGGGGGGAGGGGAUCUGCAGCCCUGUGCUGCCCUGCAGCCCUGCGCGCCCUAUGCGCCCUGCUGUCCUGCUGCCCUGCAGCCCUGUGCAGCAGUGGGGUGGGGGUAUGGGGGUGGCGGGUGUGGGUGCAACUGCGGGGUGGCGGGUAUGGGGGUGGCGGGUGUGUGA